AGAGAAGGGGAAUGGGACUGAAACUUCACUCCUGUCAGCACUGUGACAAGGCCUUCUCAUCAUCACAGUAUUUAAAGUGUCAUCAACGUAUUCACACUGGGGAGAAGCUGUACAGCUGUGACCAAUGUGGGUCAGCUUUUACACAGUUGUUAAAUCUAAAAUACCAUCAACGCAUUCACACUGGGGAGAAGCCACACAGCUGUGACCAAUGUGGGGCAGCUUUUAGAGAGUGCUGGGGUCUAAAGGUUCAUCAGCGCAUUCAUUCUGGGGAGAGGCCGUACAGCUGUGACCAGUGUGGGUCAGCUUUUAGUGUUUUGGGGACUCUAAAAUCCCAUCAACGUAUUCACACUGGAGAGAAGCCAUACAGCUGUGACCAAUGUGGAGCAGGUUUUAGACAGUUGGGACAUCUAAAGGUCCAUCAACGUAUGCACACUGGAGAGAAGCCGUACAGCUGUGACCAGUGUGGGUUAGUUUUUCGGCAGUUGGGGAGUCUAAAAUACCAUCAACGUAUUCACACUGGGGAGAAGCCGUUUUGGUGUGAACAGUGUGGGUUAGUUUUUAGACAGUUGGGACAUCUAACCUUCCACCAACGUAUUCACACUGGAGAGAAGCCGUACAGCUGUGACCAGUGUGGGGCAGCUUUUAGAGAGUUGGGGAGUCUAAAAUACCAUCAGCGCAUUCAUUCUGGAGAGAAGCCAUACAGCUGUGAUCAAUGUGGGUCAGCUUUUAGAAGGCUGGGGAGUCUAAAAUCCCAUCAGCGUAUUCACACUGGAGAGAAGCCAUACAGCUGUGACCAAUGUGGGGCAGCUUUUAGAGUUUUGGGGAGUCUAAAAUCCCAUCAGCGUAUUCACACUGGAGAGAAGCCAUACACCUGUGACCAAUGUGGGUCAGCUUUUAGAGUGUUGGGGAGUCUAAAAUCCCAUCAACGUAUUCACACUGGAGAGAAGCCGUACAGCUGUGACCAAUGUGGGGCAGCUUUUAGAGAGUUGGGGAGUCUAAAAUCCCGUCAACAUAUGCACACUGGAGAGAAGCCGUUUUGGUGUGAACAGUGUGAGAAAACUUUCAUUAAAUCAAGUGGGCUAAAAGUCCAUCAACGUAUUCACACAAGAGCGAACACCAGAUGCAGAUCACAGAGCACAAGGGAGGGAAAGAAAGUGAAAGAAUAGUGGGAUUAACCCAUACACUACAGCAGAGUCCAUAAUUGCACACCCUCUGUUUUAUAUUGUGUUCCUGUUGUAUUUUUAUUUGCUUCCUUCACCUGCUGUUUUAAUGUGCCUUAGAUUUGUGUU